UCAGCUGUUUCUGCAAGGUUUGUAAAGUAUCAGAGAGAACUGACCAUCUCUCUUUCUUCCAGGGAUCCGGAAGAGUGUCUUGUGAAUGAUUGACAGGUAAACGUUAAACGACGUGAUUGAGAGACAUGUCAGUGCCAUUCCGGAAAGAGUUGGAGAAAUACAAAAACAUCAACGAAGAUGAAAUUCUGAACAAACUCUCUGAGGAUGAACUAAAACAGCUAGAGAAUGUCCUUGAUGACCUAGACCCAGAGAAUGCCCUUCUACCAGCUGGCUUUCGACAGAAAGAUCAGACCAGCAAACCUGCCACGGGGCCUUUUGAUAGAGAACGGCUGUUGUCCUACUUGGAGAAGCAAGCCUUGGAGCUCCAAGACCGACAAGAUAUUGUACCUUUCACUGGAGAAAAGAAAGGAAAAGCGUUUGUGCCUAAGGAGAGACCAAUAGAGACCCACACAGAGAAGAAGGUGACUCUGGAUCCAGAAUUAGAGGAAGCCCUGGCCAGUGCCUCUGAUACGGAGCUGUAUGAUCUAGCAGCUGUCCUCGGAGUUCAUAACUUGGUCAACAACCCUAAGUUUGAUGAAGGAACCACCGGUCAAGAUGGCAAAGGAAUUGUGAAAAAUGUGGUUAAAGGUGAAAAGGUCAAGCCUGUUUUUGAAGAGCCACCUAACCCAACAAAUGUGGAAGCCUGUUUGCAAAGACUUAAGGCAAAUGAUCCCACUCUCCAAGAAGUCAAUCUGAACAACAUAAAGAACAUCCCAAUUCCAACUCUUAAAGAGUUUGCAAAGGCUCUGGAAACCAAUAACCAUGUGAAAAAAUUCAGCCUGGCAGCUACUCGAAGCAACGACCCUGUUGCAAUGGCUUUUGCAGAUAUGCUAAAAGUAAAUAAGACAUUGAAAAGUCUAAAUAUAGAAUCCAAUUUUAUCACUGGGACAGGCAUCCUUGCUUUGGUUGAUGCUCUGAAAAGAAAUGAAGUACUGGCAGAAAUCAAAAUUGACAAUCAGAGACAACAGCUUGGUACAGCAGUGGAGAUGGAGAUCGCUCAGAUGUUGGAGGAGAAUUCUCAAAUUCUCAAAUUUGGUUACCAGUUUACAAAGCAAGGCCCAAGAACCAGGGUAGCAGCUGCCAUCACUAAAAACAAUGAUCUAGUUCGCAAGAAACGAGUGGAAGAACGCCAUUAGCCUUGUCUCUGAGGAUGUGAAAGAAGACAAGGAUUUCAUCACAAUCUCAUAACAUUUUACUGAUUUAGAGGGAAGAUACUGGAAAGGCUUUAGAACGAGACUGCUCAUGUUCCAUUACCUCAAUUCAUCCCUUCCCAUCAUUUGAAUCCAGCCUAAUUUUCCUUUCCCCAGCAAUCAACAAUCAUGCUCUGAAUUCAAGAUGCUCUGAAGGGAAGACCAAUCGAAACUUGGUGUCAAAACGGGGAGAGCUACAAGUUAGUCUUUUCUCUCCUUUCCAUUUAAUGCUAAUCCAUGAGUGAUCAGGAAAUUUUUAAUGCCUGUCCAAGUGGGAAAUGUUUAAUGGAUUGUGCUUUCUAUGUUAUUCAAAUCGCCACCUCCUCUUGGCUCAUAGUAAGCCUAGGUUUGCUCUUUGUUUCCUGUUAUCUUUCUACGGCUAUGUGCAAACUGUAAAGAAAGGGACCAAGGUCAUUUUAAAACAACUUGUCAUGCCAAGGUGGAACUGUUCUCAUACCAGCACACUCUGCCAAACAAAUCAAUCUUCCAAUUCCACAGACUACAAUGUGCCAUAAGCUAGACAGUUGAUAUAUUGCGAAAUAUUGCUUCUGGAGCGGAUAACUGGAGACAAAACUCACAAUAGGCUUUGUUCUUACCCAAUUAUAAUUUUCAAUAACCUUAUCUUGGAACACACUGUAGGAUCUAACGGUCAGGACGGAUUCAUAUAAAACGCAACACCAUAAUGUAACUUUCUUAGUACUCAUUUCGUGUAUGCCCACUAUAGCAUAGAUGUGUGAAUGAAGUCACUAUGGGCUUAUCUAACAAACCAUGGAUUAAAAAUUCUGAAUUAACACUAUGCAUGAAUGCAAUGCCAGACAAGCCAAAAUUGGAACUGCAAUACAUGCUAGCAUUCUUUUUUCUUUAUAUUUAGCAACUCAUGCUUUAUCUGUACUAAUCUUUCAACAUUGACUAGAUUCUUCUAAAGGUAGAACAAAUCCUCUAAGGAAAAUAUGCUAAUUUAUCCAUGGCACAGAAUCAUAAUUAGCACAACCCACUGCUUGAAAAUCUUUCUCAUGGCUUCUGAUUCUAGUUUUCUGGCUGACUGUAAAUCAUUUACGGUAGUUAAAUCAGUCCUAGCCAUGCUUUGCCUUGAAAUGAACUAAUAAGCCUACUGUAUAGUGUGAACAAACUAUUCUCCUAAAUAAGGAGCUAUCAAGAGAAUUAUAUUUCCUGUACAUAAAUAUGAAGAGUCAUUCAGACACUGGCUACAAGUUAAAUCUCUUCUUCAAGUCAUAGUGGAGAGACAUUAAAUUGAAAAAAUUCCAUGUUACCAUUCUGUUCAUGAGAAAGCUUCAUGAAUCCAUCCUGCAUGAUUGCAAGGACUGUUGAUUGCGUGCUCACAUAUGUUACUAUUAGGUGAGCCAGUUUCCUAAUCUAAUUUGCCAACUUAAAAUAGCUUCAGCUUACCUUUUAAGUUAUUUGUUGAUGUGUGUAUAUGUAUUAAUAGGAGGCCAAAAUAAUUACUGACAAACCCAUUUGAUGUAUAUAAAUGUUCUAAUAAUAAUGUUGUGUUUGUAAAAUUGAUUUUAAAGUUGUUUUAAUUUCUGAAGCUAGACAUUUCUUAUAACUAUUGCCCCUGGAUUCAGUGAUU